AGCACGAUCAAGUCUCCGACACCGUCUUCCGAACUACAAAAACUGUUCACCCAAUAAUCCCAAAUACCGGAUACCAAGAUGAACAAGCUGUACAUCGGUAACCUGCCCAUCGAGGCUGACGAAGCGGCCGUGCGCCAGCUGUUUGCGGAACACAACUUGACGGUCGCGGACAUUUCGGUGAAGCGCGGCGGAUACGCCUUCGUCGACUUUCCCGACCAGUCCGCCGCAGACCGGGCCAUCGACAAACUGCACGGUUACUCGUACUGUGGACUCCCGCUAAUCAUCGAGCCAUCCGUUGCAAAUAAAAAAGCCGUGAACCCACCCACCCUGCAGAGCACCAGUAGCACGCAAAUCAAGGAGGCCAGCAACGACUCCUCGGGAGGAGCAUGGAGAUAA